UCUGAGAGUCUUGAAAGAAAAAUAGAUUUGAAGAAAAAAAGGUUGAGUCAUCUAGGAGUGGGAGGUAGAAUGGUCUCUAAAAUAGGAGUGAAGGUCAUCUGCUGAUAAUUUCAGUGUUAUAAGACAUUGCUGAUCUUACAGACUAGAAAGAACAUUGCUCUGUGUGUGUGUGAAAGGAAACAGUACCCCAAAUGAUGGGGGAGUAUGGCUAUGUGUGUGAAAAAUUAGUUUGGUGGGACUAGGAAGGCCAAGCUAGCACCCCACAGCCUGUACUACUUCUCAGCCAGAAGACAGGCAGAGAAGACAAAACUUAGGAGGAUCUUGUGUUGAGGCUGAAUAGUCCAGCUGUUUUCUGUGUGCCACAAAGUCAUGUGAAACUCAACACUCAGCAAUCAUUGUACCCAGUUGAUAUGCAAAUCUAUUCUCCUCCUUCUCUUCUCCCUUUUGGUCUCCUUCCUCACUGUUCCCUCUCCCCCCUCCUCCUGCCUGCUACUUCCCGGCCUGACAGUCCAGAUUUUCCAGCCGACUGCUGGAGCUGACUUCCUCAAACUUUUUGGAAUAAAACUAGCAUCUGUAAUCGUCCACUCAGAUACGUGCCUUUGCCUUCCUCUCCAGACUAGAGGACAGACCGUCAUCAGGAUGUGGGGGUUCAGCAUCCUGUUGCUGUUGCUGCCAUCGGUGGUGAAUUCUGCUUUGUACCCAGAGGAGAUGUUAGAUACACAGUGGAAGUUGUGGAAGAAAUCCUAUGGAAAAGAAUAUAACAGCAAGGUGGAUGAGAUCUCUCGACGUCUGAUUUGGGAAAAGAACCUGAAAUAUAUUUCCACCCACAACCUGGAAUUCUCUCUUGGUCUUCACACGUUUGAACUGGCGAUGAACCAUUUGGGAGACAUGACCAGCGAGGAGGUAGUACAGAAGAUGACUGGACUGAAGGUGCCCCUAUCUCGGUCCCAGAACAAUGACACCCUCUAUAUCCCCGACCAGGAGGGCAGAACCCCUGAUUCCAUUGACUACAGAAAAAAGGGAUAUGUCACCCCUGUGAAAAAUCAGGGUCAGUGUGGCUCCUGCUGGGCCUUCAGUUCUGUGGGUGCCUUGGAAGGCCAACUCAAGAAGAAGACUGGUAAACUCCUCAACCUGAGCCCCCAGAACCUUGUGGACUGUGUGUCCAAAAAUGAUGGCUGUGGCGGUGGGUACAUGACCAAUGCCUUCCAGUAUGUGCAGGAGAACCGGGGGAUAGACUCUGAAGAUGCUUACCCUUACAUUGGACAGGAUGAAAACUGCAUGUACAACCCUACUGGCAAGGCAGCAAAAUGCCGGGGGUACCGAGAGAUCCCUGAAGGGAGCGAGAAAGCCUUGAAGAGGGCAGUGGCCAGAGUGGGACCCGUAGCCGUUGCAAUUGAUGCAAGCUUGUCCUCUUUCCAGUUCUAUAGUAAAGGUGUGUAUUAUGAUGAAAACUGCAACAGUGAUAAUCUCAACCAUGCAGUGCUGGCUGUGGGAUAUGGGAUUCAAAGGGGCACCAAACAUUGGAUCGUUAAAAACAGCUGGGGAGAGCAGUGGGGCAACAAAGGUUACAUCCUGAUGGCCCGGAACAAGAACAACGCCUGUGGUAUUGCCAACCUGGCCAGUUUCCCCAAGAUGUGAUCGCCAUUCGACUGCCUUCGACCCUUUCUCCCCUCCUGCCCCUCGUUCUUGCAGGGUGGGGGACGCACUUUGGAAAGGAGCUGGCCAGUCUGUCUUGGAGCACACUUGGUGGUCUGCAGAUGGUUUACCUACAACCUACCUUUCAGUGUUACACAGUGCCCUUCAGAUGACAUCCUCCUCCUCCUCCUUCUUCUCUUCCUUUCUACAACCCCUACUACUACUCAUCUUCCUUUGAAAUUUCAGGGUCAGGUGUGAGGUAUAAGGGGUAAUUCUGAAAGGCACACACAUGCCCGUGGCCUGUGAGGUAUAGACAGCAUGUUGUUGGCGGCAGGCUGUCUGUCCUGGUGCUGCUGUUGUGCCCGUGUGAGGAGAGCUUGGAGAGCUUCCAAGCAGAGCAGACUCUCAUCCAGAUAGAAUAAGUCAGUCCUUUGUCCUUCCUAGAGGCAGAAAUGCCGACAACGACAUGGAAUUAUGUCAGUCUAGCUUUCAGGGUUUCUUCCAUCCAAGUCUGUGAGUCUCCAUAAUCUCUUCCUCAAAAGUGGGAGAUGCCUGUUUUCCAUCUUAUUUCAUGAAAGAAACUGAUUUUCUUAUUUUGUAGCAAGUUUAGGUUACACCAGAAACAUGUAUUUUCCCUCUCUGCUUAACUAUUUUGAAAUAAACUGAGUAUUGAUCACU